GUAUUUCCACAGGUGGACGAGUAAACCCCCGAGAAGGAAUUGUGCUUCACUCUACAAAACUCAUUCAAGAGUGGAGCUCUGUGGAUCUCAGAACUCCAAUAUCUGAUGCUCUGCAUCUGCCAGUCUGGGUGGACAAUGAUGGGAAUUGUGCUGCUCUAGCAGAGAGGAAAUUCGGCCAUGGAAAAGGAAUAGAAAAUUUUGUAACACUCAUUACUGGUACAGGAAUUGGAGGUGGAAUCGUUCAUCAACACGAAUUGAUCCAUGGCAGUUCUUUCUGUGCUGCUGAGCUUGGGCAUAUCGUUGUAUCUUUAGAUGGACCAGAGUGCCUGUGUGGUAGCCAAGGAUGUAUAGAAGCAUAUGCUUCUGGAAUAGCAUUGCAGAGAGAAGCUAAGAAACUGCAUGAUGAGGAUCUGCUUUUAGUAGAAGGAAUGUCAAUGAAGAAGGAGGAGGUUGUUAGUGCUGCACAUCUCAUUCAAGCAGCUAAACUUGGGAACACAAAGGCAGACAGCAUUCUCAGAACAGCUGGGACAGCAUUAGGCCUUGGAGUUGUGAACAUCCUGCACACCAUGAACCCCUCUCUUGUGAUCCUUUCCGGAGUUCUAGCUAGCCACUAUGUUAAUGCUGUCAAAGACGUGAUAAAUCGACAGGCUCUGUCCUCUGUUAAAACUGUGGAUGUGGUGGUCUCAAAUCUAGCAGAUCCUGCUCUGCUUGGGGCUGCUAGCCUGGUACUGGAUUAUUCUACACGUAGAAUAUACUAGGUACCUGGAAGAAUUCUAGAAAUGGACUAUUCAAAUUCCUAAUCAGUGGAGGGGAUACUUUGCCCAAAAUUUUUCUUUGAGUGCAGCUACUGAUUCAGAGUAGUGUUCUGAAUAGUUACUGACUACUUCAGCAUUUCCUAAUAGAGGUGUUAUCUUUUUGUAUUUUUCCUAAAUUUCAUCUGACUUCAUAGAAACUAAUGUGCAAUUCUGUUAUUUUAAUCACCUUGGUUGGUAAGCCUAUAUGUUGCUUUAACUGUAGCUGAAUUAUUUAUGAGCAUAUCCUGACGUAUGGUGGGGAAUAAGUGUAUGAUGUGUCAAAUCAUAGCUAACACUUGGGGAUCCAUAUCUCAUUUCCCACCUAUGUGAAAUGAGAAGUCUGCAAUGUGACCAGCUUCCCACUUUCCAGGCUUCCACCCACAGAGCAAACGUGAUGUAAUCACCAGUA